AUGUCUACUAUGACUACCAUGGCUACCAUCGCCACACCUUCAUCGAAUUCUAUCAAUCCAUUCCGCUUCCUCGACCUCAGCCCAGAAUUGCGCAACAAGAUCUAUGAGCUUGUCCUCAGCUUCGAUCGUCCUGUUAACCUCACCUGUACAACCGAGGUAUACCGGGAGUACACAAACUACCACAUCAACAAAUGCCCAUCCGACAAGCACCACGAGCUCCCCAACCUCAACCGUGGCGCCGCAGACAGAGACGAGGCUACCUGGUGCGUGGACCCGUACACAAACGUGCAGCGAAAACUCGACUUCCCGCGCUCCGUGCUGGGCCUACGCCAUGUAUGCAAGCAGAUUGACGAGGAGAUGCGGUACAUUUUCUUCGCGAUCAACGAGUUCCAUUUCCGCAACGCGGCGCUCGCGCAGCGAGCUUUCGACCAAAUGACAGAUACGAAGGCGAUGGAGGCGAUCCAAGUGAUGGGUUUCCGAUUCUACGGGGACAAUGCCCCCAAGCUAUAUCCGGCGCUGGCGAAGGCGUGUCCAAAUUUGCGUGUGCUGAAGGUGUCGAUGGAUGCGAAUAAACAAGUGACCAUUCCAGGCCAGCAUAAAACAUUGAGGCGUGCUCGUGGCGUGCAUGCCUUUGCGUCGUAUGUCGCUGGGUUGGAGAAGCUGGAGAAGUUCGAGAUAGUUGGAACGGACUAUGUGAAUGAGAUUGUGCAUGGAGUCGAGAAGUCGGUGGAAGUUGACAUAAACCACCCUCUGGCGAUUGGACCGUGGUUUAGGACAAAGAUCCAGAUGGGGAAGAUGGAGCGAGAGAUAAUCGGGAAAGAGGUCAUUGAGAGAGAGAGGAGGGAGAAGGAGAAGAGAGAGAAAGAAAUGAAGGAGAAAAGGAAGGAACAGAGGACGAGGAGCCUGGCAAAAAGGGCGGAGAGGGAAAGGGAUAGGGUGAGGCUGGAGGCUGAGAGAUUGGAGAGGGUGAAGCAAGAGACACUGAGAUUGGAUAGGGAGAGAAGGGCUCCUGGGGCAGCUAAAAUCCCGAAGAAGAGAGGACGACCUUCAAAUGCGAGUUUACUGGAAGAGCGCGAGGAGCAGCCAGAAGCUCCCCCACCCAAACGGAAACGCGGCAGACCAUCAAAUGCAAGUAAAGCGCCUCAAGAGAGCGAGGAGACGCCGGAAUCAUCGCAACCUCGACGACGACGCGACAAGGCGCAGCAAGAAGCCGAAGAAAGGCCCGAACCAUCCCCACCCCGGCGAAAGCGCGGGCGGCCUUCGAAUGCGAGCCGAGUACUACAAGAAAUCGAGAACGAACCGGAAGUAGCUGCACCCCCACGAAAACGCGGGAGACCAUCGAAUGCGAGCAGAAUAGCGGAGGAAGUUGAGAACAGAUCCGAGCAAAUACGAGACAAACCAGCAAAGAAGAAGGCACGAGUGUCAACAGGAGGCGAAUCUUCCCAGCGAUCAGAAGCCGGCCCGAACAAGCGCGCAAGAGAGCCAGGGACGCGCCAAUCACCACGGACACGUCAAUCGCCACGAGCCGCCUCGCCCCCCUCACCCCUCCCAUUCCAGCACCUCGAGCCCGUGGAAUGCGGCAUCUCCCACAACACCAUCGACGCCACAUGGGAGCCCCUCCCCGCCACCGCCCACGACCGCGCCAUGCAGCUCCUCGGCGACAUCGAGAAGUCAGUCGUGCAGCGCCUCCGCGACGAGCGUAAGCGGACUCAGGCGAGCACGGCGAUCCAGAUGGUGACGCGGCGGCUGGGGCGCAAGAUUGGGCGGGGGUUGCCGUUUCCGCCUGGGUCGCGGCCGCAGCGGGAGGAGGAUUUUGAUUUCGAGCGGAUACUGGAUGCGACGAGGAAGCACGAGGGGCUGUUGACGCCGGCACUGCAUGCGAGGGAGUUAUUGAAGUCGGAGAUUAGGAGGGAGGAGGCGAUGUUGGAGAGGGAGCAGGAGGCACUGGAGAAGCUGGAGAAGAAUGCGGCUGCGGAGCGGGGGAGGAGGAAGGCGGAAGCGAAGAAAUUACAUCCUUCUCUUGCGAAGAGGGGGGCAGAAGUGGUGGAGUGGGGUGAUCGCGAUCAACUCAACCUUGCAGAUGAGCAGACUACGGCGGAUGUGCUAGAUGACGCGAAAAUCGAUGACGACCUGAGGCUGAUUGUGGAGGAGCUACAGAAUCACCUGGAGAGCAUGGAGAAUAACUUCAAGCAAGUCGAAGGCGUCAUCCCUGCGAUAGAGAAGAGCGAGGCAAAUAUCCGGGCUGCUCUGUUGACGCAGAUCGAUGAGCAGCGCUACGAGCAAAUCAUUAUGGGAUGAACGGUCGACUUUGUUCGGUCGGAUCGAUGCACAGCGCCACGAGGAAGUCAUUGCGGGUUGAAGCAUCUGCUCUGUUGGAUCCGAUAGAUGAACAGCGCCACGAAGAAGCCAUUAUGGGUUGAAGGGUCUCCUUAUGGGAUGAAGGGUCAGCUCUGUUUGGUCGGAUUGAUGCUCCGCGCCAUGAGCAAGCCAUGGGUUGAAGCGUAUACUCAGUUGGAUCAGAUCAAUGGACGGCGCCAUCAGCAUGUGACUAUAGUAUGCAUGCCCGGCCAGCUCUGUCGAUCAUGUCAAUGCGCAAGGAUAUUGACAUGCUACUACGGGAUGAACUGGUGGGAUCUGUUGAACUAAACCGAUGCACAGUGCCAUGAGGAUGUUAUAAUGGGCACAUUAUUAUGAUAUGAAGCGUCGAGGAAGUGGUUUAAUGCCAGGAAAUGAUAUACCCCCCUGCAGAGUUCUACUGCAGAAUUCUAGAACGAAUUAUGAUCCGUAUAAAUUAUGAAUAUGAUGAGUGAAAC